CGAGACCCUUGCAGGUGUAUACUCGUAACCAGCAUAAGCAUCAGCCACGUGUAAUGCUUAUGGAAGUUGAGGAUUGAAGCAGUUAGUCAUGUUCAGUUUCUAGUUUAUUUGUUGAAUAUUUCUUUAUGCAUUAUGUUAGUGUUUCCAUUAUAUUAGGAAGGUAUUUUUCAGAUUCUGUUAUUUCCCUUAUUCUAGGAAGUAGUGGCCAUGAUCAAGUCAUGAUCCUCCCUUAUUCUAGGAAGUAGUGGCCAUGAUCAAGUUAUGAUCCUUUGAUGUACCCUAUAAAUAUUUGCAUAAACAUCAAUGAAGAAUCAACUUGGAAUUUCAUUCAGUCUUUGAGUACUUUACACUCAAGAGGUUUAAGGCUCCCUAUUUGAGCCGAAUCGUUAAUGACCCGAGCAAACAAAAAGAAAUCUAACCCAAACACCCAAACACCUACCCAACCAUCUACACUUAGACCCCAAACAAGAUCCUUGGCCCGGGGCCCUAACAUUUUGGUAUCAGAGCCGACUGUUAUGGGGGACUCUGUUCAAGACCAGCUUACUAAACUUCUCAAUAUCGUCCUUUCUGAGCAGCAGGCUAAUCAACUUCGCCAUGAUAAAGUUGAGCAGCUCCAUGCUAAGAUGGAUGCCAUGUCCCUUGAUUUAAACUCAGUUAAACAGGCUUGUUCUACUUCUCCCGAAGCGGAAAGCCAAGCUCGACCAAGGCGUGACAAGGGAACAGUUGGAACCUCCAGUUCUGUGACUACUCGCGAUUGCUCCUUUGUGCCCAAAUACACCAAACUGGACUUCCCUCGCUAUAACGGCACGGAAGAUCCUCUUGGGUGGAUUAGCAGGUGUCAACACUUCUUCAAGCAUCAGUCCACUCCUGAUGAUGAACAAGUGGGACUGGCUUCUUACCACCUUGAAGGAAUUGCCCAAUUGUGGUACUUACAGUUAAUCCAGGAUGUUCCAAAUCCUACUUGGGUUGAGUUUGUUGACCAAUGUAAUCUUCGUUUUGGACCCCCUAUUCGCAGCAACAAGUUAGGGGAGCUUGCCAAAUUGAAGCAGACAGGAACGGUGGAGGAUUAUCAAACUAAAUUUGAGAUUUUGGUUUCGAGGGCUGGUACCUUAGGUUCCAAUCAGAAAGUUCAGUUGUAUAUUAGUGGAUUACAGGAAUACAUAGCAGUGGAAGUCGAGCUACACCAGCCAAAAGACUUAGCCACCGCCAUGAGUAUGUCACGCCUGUAUGAACGCAAGCUCUACUCCAAGAGUGUUACCCAACGCGAGGUCAGACGUCCUGCUCCCCUUUCAGAACACCGCCCUUGCCGUACCAUCAAACGACUCACCCCAGACGAAAUGGAUGAGAGACAGAAGAAAGGACUGUGCUUUAACUGUGAUGAGCCGUUUGUACGCGGACGUCAAUGCAAACACCUAUUUUUGAUUGAUCUGGAUGACGACAGUAAGUCUGAUGCGGAGUCUGAUUCCGAUUCUCCACCAGAAAUCUCUCUCCAUGCCAUCACUGGAACUCGCAAUUCCCAGUCUAUGCAACUUCUAGGUUGUUGGCACGGUAGGCAAGUACUGAUCUUGGUUGAUUCGGGAAGCACCCAUAGUUUUGUCUCGAAUUCGGUGGUGGCCGAUUUGCAGGUUACAGUGGAUGCGAAGGAUGGGUUACGGGUGAAAGUUGCGAACGGUGAACAACUUCACAGUCCUGGUCUUUGCAAAGGCGCACCGAUUGAAUUGGGAAACUCUGUUUUCACAGUGGAUUUAUUUGUGUUACAGCUCACUGGUUUUGACUUGGUCUUCGGUGUUAAUUGGCUAGCUACUCUGGGCCCCAUCUUAUGGGAUUUUAACUCCAUGUGGAUGUCUUUCUUUGUUAAUGGGAAACAGGUGGCUCUUACGGGUAUAGACAGCAAAUCAGAAACAAAUUCAUCCCUCAAUUCCCUUUCACCAUCUGCUGCUCCCCUCACAGCUAUGUUGCGAAAGAACUCCUUCCACUGGACCGAUGAUGCGGUUAAGGCUUUUGAAGAGUUGAAAAGGGCACUCACCACUACUCCAAUUUUAGCUCUUCCUAACUUUGAGCUAAUGUUUAUUCUUGAGUGUGAUGCUUCUGAAUCAGGAAUUGGGGCUGUUCUAUUACAGGAGACUAAACCUGUGGCAUUUUUUAGCCGAGCUCUUGCGACUCGUCACACCAAAUUGCCAGCAUAUGAAAGGGAGUUGAUCGGUCUAGUCAAAGCAAUUAAACAUUGGCAGUCUUAUCUUUGGGGCAAAAAGUUUUUGGUGCGCACAGAUCAUUACACCUUAAAAUUUUUGCUUGAACAAAGGUCACUUUCCUCUUCACAACAGUACUGGGUGAGCAAACUACUGCCUUUUGACUUCACUGUAGAGUACAAGGCGGGUAAGUCGAAUAUUGUGGCCAAUGCACUGUCGCGCCGAGAUUCCGAUCAACCAUGUUUUCUUGCUCUCUCUAUGCCCCAGCUGGAUUUGUUUGAUGAUAUCCGCCAGGAACAGCAACCUUUGGUUCCCUUUGCUAUUUUGGGACAGCGUUGUCGUUCGGGAAAACAGGAAGUCUUGGUCCAUUGGAGCCAAUCUUCCCCAGCUGAUUCCUCUUGGGAAAAUGUUCAGGAUUUGCUGGCACGCUUUCCAGAUUUUACACUUGCGGACAAGCUUCCUAACGGGGCGGGAAGUACCGUUACGAGACCCUUGCAGGUGUAUACUCGUAACCAGCAGAAGCAUCAGCCACGUGUAAUGCUUAUGGAAGUUGAGGAUUGAAGCAGUUAGUCAUGAUCCUCCCUUAUUCUAGGAAGUAGUGGCCAUGAUCAAGUCAUGAUCCUCCCUUAUUCUAGGAAGUAAUGGCCAUGAUCAAGUUAUGAUCCUUUGAUGUACCCUAUAAAUAUUUGCAUAAACAUCAAUGAAGAAUCAACUUGGAAUUUCAUUCAGUCUUUGAGUACUUUACACUCAAGAGGUUUAAGGCUCCCUCUUUGAGCCGAAUCGUUAAUGACCCGAGCAAACAAAAAGAAAUCUAACCCAAACACCCAAACACCUACCCAACCAUCUACACUUAGACCCCAAACAAGAUCCUUGGCCCGGGACCCU